CAUGCAUCACAGUCUCCGUAGCACAGCAGCAGAGCGCAAGCUUCCGGGUGGAUUCUUCCCGUCAAAAAGAGGAACACUUGGAAGGAUUCUGUGGCAAUAAUUCCUCCUGCACUCUCCCCUUCGAUCCAUUUGUUUAUGCUGGCCUGAACUUUAUAUAAACCGAAGUAAUCUCCCUUCAGAUCACGCACUGCUAUAUAUACCCUGCUCUCGGUACUUGCAAAACCAUAUCUUCACUAGCUUCCCUUGCCUGCCUAGCCUAGCUAAGCACCGCCAUUGCCUCUUGCCCUAGCAGUGUGCGAGAAACCAGGUCUUGGAGAGGCCAUGGAAACACUGGUCUGUGUAGCUGUGUGGGCUGUGGCCAUGGCCAUGGUCGUGGCUUCCGUUAUGUGGGCGUACAGAUGGAGCCACCCGAGAGCAAACGGCCGGCUGCCUCCGGGCUCCCUCGGCCUCCCUCUUCUCGGCGAGACCUUGCAGUUCUUCGCACCCAACACUACCUGCGACAUCUCCCCCUUUGUGAAGGAGAGGUUGAACAGGUACGGCAGUAUCUUCAAGACCAGCGUCGUCGGGAGGCCGGUGGUGGUGACGGCGGACCCAGAGAUGAACUACUACGUGUUCCAGCAGGAGGGGAAGCUGUUCGAGAGCUGGUACCCGGACACCUUCACCGAGAUCUUCGGCCGCGACAACGUCGGCUCCCUCCACGGCUUCAUGUACAAGUACCUCAAGAGCCUCGUGCUCCGGCUGUACGGCCAGGAGAACCUCCGCGCCGUGCUCCUCGACGAGACCGACCGCGCCUGCCGCACCAGCCUCGCCUCAUGGGCGGCGCAGCCCAGCGUCGAGCUCAAGGACAGCAUCUCCGCCAUGAUAUUUGACCUUACGGCGAAGAAGCUGAUCAGCUACGAGCCGUCAAAGUCGUCGGAGAAUCUGAGGAAGAACUUCGUCGCCUUCAUCCGCGGGCUCAUCUCGUUCCCGGUGGACAUCCCCGGCACUGCAUAUCAUGAGUGCAUGAAGGGGAGGAGGAACGCGAUGAAGGUGCUGAAGAAGAUGAUGAGGGAGAGGAUGGAGGAGCCGGGGAGGCAAUGCGAGGACUUCUUCGACGUGCUGAUCGAGGAGCUGGGGCGGGAGAAGCCCGUGCUGACGGAGGGCAUCGCGCUCGACCUCAUGUUCGUCCUCCUCUUCGCCAGCUUCGAGACCACGUCGCUGGCGCUCACGCUCGGCGUCCGCCUCCUCGCCGAGAACCCCACGGUGCUCGACGCGCUAACGGAGGAGCAUGAGGCGAUUGUUAGGGGCAGGAAGGAGGGGUGUGAUGCCGCAGGCCUCACGUGGGCAGAUUACAAGUCGAUGACCUUCACGUCUCAGGUCACGUUGGAGAUGGUAAGGUUAGCAAACAUCGUCCCGGGGAUUUUUCGGAAGGCCUUGCAGGACAUUGAAUUCAAAGGCUACACCAUUCCAGCAGGAUGGGGAGUCAUGGUGUGCCCUCCAGCAGUGCACUUAAAUCCCGAAAUAUAUGAAGAUCCGUUAGCGUUUAAUCCAUGGAGGUGGCAGGACAAGGUUGAGAUCACCGGUGGUUCGAAGCAUUUCAUGGCCUUUGGAGGUGGCCUCCGUUUCUGUGUUGGAACUGAUCUCAGCAAGGUGUUGAUUGCAACUUUCAUACACCACCUGGUGACAAAAUACAGAUGGAAGACAGUAAAAGGAGGUAACAUAGUCCGUACCCCCGGCCUCAGCUUCCCAGAUGGAUUCCAUGUUCAGUUCUUCCCUAAGAACUGACAUGGAAGAUCUCUCCGUCUCCUUCCCUAAAAAUAUAGCGUGUUUGCAGUUGCAGCUAAGUAAAGAAGAAAUAAUCAAUGUAGAAAUGGCAUAUGCUUAA